GCGGCGCGGCGGCGGCGGGGCGGGGCGUGCGUCCCGCGGCAGUGGCGCGAGUGUGGUGACGCGAUGCGCUCGUUCGUGAGGGCGGCGACACUAGCGGCGCUGCUGGCGCUGGCGGCGGCCGCGGCGCGCCGCAGCGACCAGGACUUCGAGUUUGACGAUGACACGGACGCGGCGGGGCCGGGCGGCGGCGCGCACUCGCGCAGGCCGAGCCGCUACGUGUACGACCCGCACAAUUCGCUGUGUCGCUCCCUGGUGUGCAAGAAGCGCGAGGUUUGUGUGCUGCGGGACGCCUUCACUGCACUCUGUGCUACCAAGAAGGAUAUCUUACGGCGAGGUGACGUGCUAGUGGCCGCGAGCAGCGCGGGCGGCGCGUGGGAGGGCGACGCGCGCGACGCCGGCGACUGGGAGCGCGACGACAACAGCGACGACGACGUGUUCUACGACACGUCCGCGCACGACGCCGACGUCGACCCGGACCUCGACACUGAAGAUGCCAAGCGGUGCGUGGGCUGCGGCGGCCGCGCGCGCGCCCAGUUCCUGUGCGGGUCGGACAACCGCACGUACUCGUCGCUGUGCCGGCUCGACCUGCACAACUGCGUGCGGCGCGGCGCGCGGCCCGUGCGGCUCGCCUGCCGCGGCUUCUGUCCGUGCGCGCCGGGCGCCGCGACACGCGCGUCCGGCGCCGCAGGCCGCACGUCGGGCGCCGCGAGCCGCGCGUCCGGUGCCGUGCCGCGCGCGCCCCGGCGCCGCGCCCGAUUGCGCUCGCGCCCCGACCACUACGAUGACUGGCGGCGACGAAAAUCUGAGGCUUCACACAAUGAAGUAUUACCGGAGAGGCAGACGAGGCGGCGGCUCUCACAAGGAUCCGAAGGCUGCGCACUGGACAAAAUGGCGAAUCGACUUCUAGACUGGUUCUCGGUAUUAAUGGACGAAGCGGGAGCGACGGCACCGCCGGCGGACGGGUUCCCGCGCGACUGCAAGCCCGAGGUGCGCUGGAUGUUCGCCCACCUGGACACGGACGGCGACGGCCUGCUGUCGGCCGCCAACCUGUACGCGCUGCGCCACGACGAGCGCGAGCGCUGCCUGCGGCCCUUCCUGGCGUCGUGCGGCGGCGGGGGCGCGGGCGCGGGGGCGGGCGGCGUGUCGCGCGCGGAGUGGUGUCGGUGCCUGCGGCGCGCGGCGCGGCCGUGCCUGGCGCUGGCCCGUGCCCACGCGGGCGGCGCGGCGGCCGGCGGGUACGUGCCGGCGUGCGACGCGCGCGGCUUCUACCGGCCGCGGCAGUGCCACGCCGCGCUGGCCGUGUGCUGGUGCGUGGACCCGCACGGCCAGGAGCUGCCCGGCUCGCGCACCAAGGGCGCGCCGGCCUGUCCCGGUGAAAAGUCAUCGGAGGGCGUAGAGGGUGUGGAGGGUGCAGAGGGCGGGGAGGGCGGGCAGGGUGUGGACUCGGGCGCGCCGGCCGACGACGAGGACGGCGCGGGCAGCGGGGACGCAGAGCUACACUUCUAGCCGCUCCACAAGCUAAUUGUAAACACUACAAUUAGAAAUAUUCACUAAAAAUCUCGAGAUCAUCUGUAUUUCAUAUUUAUUUGAAUAUUAUGACCGUGACACAAUCAAGCUUGCGGCCAAACAGUGUACGAUGUACGUUCACCUGACCGCGGGCGAGCGUUCGUUAAUAAGUAACGAAACUAGUAUCUGCUCUCUAGUGGUGGUGCCAAGGGCGUAAAGCUAAAAAGCUGGAGCACAAGAUGAUUUCCUCAGUGGUUAUCUUUAUCAGGUAACUCAGGCCCCUUUGCUCAUCUAUAAGUUGGUGGCGUGUCCUCUACACGUCUCCCUUACAAAAUAUUAUGAAAUUGAAUUAGUUCAGCGUGCGUCACUAUGUAUCGAUCCAGAAUAACAUUACUACCUAUAUUUGUGUAUAAAUAGGUAAAGACAUUUUAACUGUAAAUUAACACAAAUAAAAUUAUAGGUACUUAGUCAUAUACAUAAAUAUUAUACAAUAUUAUAUAUUAGCGUGUAAGUUUAUAAGAAGGGCCUGUUUCGUGGCUGUGGCGCGCACAUUCAUAGGUCGCAUACAGUAGGUACUGCUGUCCAAGUUACAGGUUACAGGCCCGACUUAGGUUCAGUAUGCUUCCGUUGCCAAGACCCCGCUAUAAUUAGUAAAACAAUGUGUACUUACCUAUUUAGUAAUUAUAAUUAAAUAUAUCUGUUACCGUAUAACAUAGAUUCUGCCUUUGUUAGAGAUUCAAACAGAAUAGGAUAUGCCUUGGUUGUAAGCAUGACGCGGAAGUAAAAUUAGGUGAAUUUUAAAUUAGACUACCUAUUCCUAUUUUCCUUGACUACUUAUAUACGUAUGUACCUAGACAGCAAUGGCAAGAUGUAACUAAAUAGGUCAUGGUUGAACUUAGUGUGUUAUGUAUCCGCAUGUUGUCUCCCGUGGAUACACCAUUUAGUCGUGGAACAUCUUGAUCACUGUUCUGCUGCAACACUGCGAAUAAUAAUUGGCCUAAGAAAAUAGAUAGUCUAUUCAUUGAUAUGUAACCGUCCCCCUAAACAUCUGCAAUUUACUGUUUAAAUAUUAAUAAGUGUAGAACUAGAUCACUACUAAGGUAGGUAGAUAGGUACUCGCCUACCUACUUAACUUUUUCAAAUGCAAAUUUAUAGAAGCAAAGAAGAAGUACCGAAAAUUGUUUGAUUGAUUGAUUACAAAUAAAAUUAAUUAUUGUUUAAUUUUUUUUUUUGUGUAUUUACCUUCACGACUUUCCAGGGCCAGAAUUGAUCAAAAGGGGCUGGUGGGACUGGGUCAACGCCAACUUGACCAUGAUAACGACAAAGACAUUUUAAUACACACUUUAAAUAUUGCCAACAUUAACCCCACCCUGGACUGAUGUAUAAGGGAAUAUAUUUUUUUUGUAUUUUUUAAGUUUUAUUUUUUGCUGUCGACACUUACUCGAAACUAGUAGAGCUUUUCUCAGUAUAUUUACGCGAGUAAACCAUUGUACGUAGCCCCUAGUAUGUGUAUCUAGGUACCUGAGAUUUGGCCGUGUUUGGUGUUGGUCUAAGCUAGCAGGUACCUAUGUAUACAUUCACUGUACACAGUAAUACUAACUCUACUAACCUUUCAUAAGUACCUAUUAUACGUCAGAAAAUAAAUAAAUCUCGGGGCUCUGGGAACUUGAACUAAAAAUUAUGGAUACCUACAAGCUCUUUUCAUUACCUACUUACUUUUUAAGUACAUAGUUAUUGUUUAAGUAAGUACCUAAAUAACGUAAAAAUUUCAAGCGAUUUUGGCCAAACAUGAAACAAGACAGUACCAAACACUAAUGUCUUGUCUAUUCGAGGUAUUUUAUUCCGAAAAGUUAGACUCAUUCGAGAAACUUACCUAAUACAGAUGAUAGCUACUUAAAUUCUUGUUAACACAAAUACCUUUGUAGGUUGAGUGGUCGCAACGGCAACUGACAAAAAUGGGGGUUCGAUCCCCUUACGAGGCAAUUUUUGUACUUUCAGUUUUAGAAAAUUCUCAAUAGGUGUAUUAUUACUGUCAGUCAGAUAGUGAGGUGUGUGGUGCACAUAAUAAUACGAUGCGCUCCUGUCCGAGGAUGCAGACACUUCAUGUUUCUUAUGAAUAUUUUGUAAUUAGAUUUAUUUAUAGAUUCAUAAUUAUUUUAAGUUGUAAGUACGUACAAAUAGCAUUUAAUCACAUUAGUUAGAAAAUUAUUUGCACUUUUUUAAGUCUGUCACUGUACUCUAAUAAAUAAAGAUGUACUUAACUUA